AUGGCGGAAUUCGUGCGUGCCCAGAUCUUUGGCACCACCUUCGAGAUCACUAGCCGGUAUGCGGACUUGCAGCCGGUGGGCAUGGGUGCAUUUGGGCUGGUCUGCUCCGCAAGAGAUCAAUUGACUGCCCAGCCGGUCGCGGUCAAGAAGAUCAUGAAGCCGUUCAGCACUCCGGUUCUCUCCAAGCGGACGUACCGUGAGCUGAAGCUGCUCAAGCAUCUCCGCCAUGAGAACAUUAUCAGCUUGAGCGACAUCUUCAUCUCUCCCCUCGAGGACAUCUACUUUGUGACUGAACUCCUGGGAACCGAUCUUCACCGCCUCCUGACCUCCAGACCCCUCGAGAAACAGUUCAUCCAGUAUUUCCUGUACCAGAUCUUGCGAGGACUGAAAUAUGUUCACUCGGCCGGCGUGGUCCAUCGGGAUCUGAAGCCCAGCAAUAUCCUCAUUAACGAAAACUGCGACCUCAAAAUUUGUGACUUCGGUCUGGCUCGGAUUCAGGACCCGCAGAUGACUGGCUACGUCUCAACACGAUACUAUCGUGCCCCCGAGAUCAUGCUCACCUGGCAAAAGUAUGAUGUGGAGGUGGAUAUCUGGAGUGCUGGCUGCAUUUUUGCCGAAAUGCUGGAGGGGAAACCGCUUUUCCCUGGAAAAGAUCACGUCAAUCAGUUCUCGAUCAUCACCGAGCUGCUGGGGACGCCCCCGGAUGACGUGAUCCAGACAAUCUGCAGCGAGAACACUCUGCGAUUCGUCAAAUCCCUACCGAAACGCGAGCGUCAGCCCCUGGUCAAUAAGUUCAAGAACGCGGAUCCCGAUGCCAUUGACCUUCUCGAGCGGAUGUUGGUAUUCGACCCAAGGAAGCGGAUUCGUGCCGAAGAAGCUUUGGCCCAUGAAUAUCUGGCGCCGUAUCACGACCCAACCGACGAGCCGGUGGCCCAGGAGAAAUUUGACUGGUCGUUCAAUGACGCCGAUCUCCCCGUGGAUACUUGGAAGAUUAUGAUGUACUCUGAAAUCCUCGACUUCCACAACAUCGACCAGGGCACUGAAGGUGGCCAGGUAUUAGUGGAGGGACCCGUCCAGGGAAAUCUCCCUGAGACCUUUGCAUAG